AUGAGUGGUACCUUUACGCCUGAGCAGCGCAUUCACAUUGUUGAUGCAUUUGCCUGCACCCUUUACCACCGCGUUAAACAACACCCUACCCAGAACGACAUCGCUGAUAUCAUUGGAGAGCUGCAUGGUAGCCUUCGACGGCUAAAUGUUGAGGCUGGCGAUUUCCACUCCCUUCUACGAGACCCGCGGAGUGCUUAUUCUGGCCAACUCGUCACAGUCAUCGACGACUGUGACGGCACUCUCAGACAUCUCCAAUAUACACUCGACAACCAAGGCCGAGCACUAGGUGUCAUCAGAUCUCAGCUAUGGAGCAGGAUCUCAAACAUCAAUAGGCUGAUCGACGCCGUUCAGAUGCAGCACCUAAGGGGUAUGCAGGCAACUCCCAGACCACCCGGUGGGCGUGGGAGAGGAGGGCGUCGGGAUUCAAAAGAUUCAAUCCCACGGUCCAGUUCUCGAAACGAUUAUUCGUAUUAUCCAACUCCAACUUCCAAACCGAAAACAGUUCCUCCCCCCAUCCCACCCAAGAUCCCUCUCGACAAGCCAUACAAUCAAGUUGGGGAUCAACCAUCGUCAGAGUAUGAUAACUCGGGCUAUUCAUACAUUCUCACGACAUCGAUUUCAACAAAUGAUACAACUGCCAAAGACAAUACAGAUCCUCGCUUUGUCAGAUCGCCAUCGCGUUCCCAGUACCAUCAUAGAAGAGGCAACUCUCUCCCAAUCGGGCGAAUGGAUACUCCGUUCAUCCCUCGGGACUCUUAUGCUUCAACGCAUGUCUCUGAGCUUCCCGGCAAUUCAAGUUUCAGGACCCAACCAAUUCCAUUUACCUCUUCUCCUUCACAAAGAGUUCCAGCGAUUGAGUCUGGCCUGGCACCUGAUAGCCAUGGCCAAGCAAUCCCUUUGGACGCUGAAUGGACCAAAAUUGACCGCGAUAUUGUCAGCCCCGGUGUUCUUGAACUUGCUGGGGUUAGAUACGAAGCAAGGCCCUCAUACGUCGCGGUGCUCGGGCGACUUUCAAAGGAUCAAAUCUCUGCGUUUGCUAGGCAAACUGCCAAUUACCGAGCAGGGAGACCCAUUCACCCUGAAGACUGGCAGCUCGCUAGUGGCAAAGGAAGAGUGCCCAAGACACAAAGAAGGACAUCCGAUAGCAGCAACAGCAGUAAAGCUGAAUCUAUCGCAUCGCGUGCGACUGUUGAUCCUCGUAGGAAGAGGCGCUCAACCACCAGCGACGUGCCUCCCAAAUCAGUUCUAAAGAAGCGAAGCAUGAACAGAGUUCGGUUUGACCCCAACCCUGAAGAAAUCAAAUCCAAACCAAGUUCAGUACAAGACGAUCGAGAGAAAGCCCACCCCAGUCGUAGCCAAAGCUAUGAUGAACGGGAUCACAUUUAUGAACUGUCAGGCAGCUCCCCUCCCCGACGUCCUCGGAGUGCCUCUCGUGCCAGUAGCAUGAAUGACCGACCCCGCAGCUACUCGUACGAUGUCGACCGCGACUACUACUCCCCAAGCUCGGGUUAUGACGAUUAUGAUCGACGAUCCCACCGAAGUGACGGUCGCAGGUCGCGACUAAGUAUAAGUGGCACUGCUAAUCGUUUGCUCUCUGCGCUGAGCAGCAAGGGCAGUAGCCAGAGCCAGAACAGAGGAGACAGAGACUUGGCGUACAAUUAG